AAAAGGCCCACCCGGCAGGCUCCGUUCACAGCACAUCGUUGAGCGGUGUUGCAGCCGCCUCUGAGCACAUGCUCCCCCCCUGGAACUGGCUCAAGGUUUUUCUCGCUCGAGCCUCGCGCGCCCAAGAAGGUGGCUGCAGUCAGAGUUGGCGGGGGGCCCCAGACGCAGCCUCGAGGUGCCAGUCAUGUCAGCGGAGCUGCAGUGCCACUCCGACGCGGAGCUGCUCCACGGGUCCAGCGACGACGCAGAUCGGCCCACGCAGCGCCAGCCCCUCUUCGCGCGCAAGCUGACGCAUUCGGUGGUGCUGGCAGUGUCCUGCGGUGCGAUCCUGGCGCUGGCGUCCCUGGGCGUGGCGUCGCACUGGAGCGGGCAGAGCGGGAGCCGGGCAUCUGUCCGGAUCCGGGGCGCGACAACUUUGGACGAUUUGGGCAACCUUGUGGACGAUGUGAAAGAUGCUGCGGACGAUGCCGUCGACGAGGCCCAAGACGCUGCGGACGACGUCGUGGAGAAGCCGCCGGGUGGUGAUGUGGCGGAGGAUGCGGACGAGGUCGUCGACGACGCCCAAGAUGAUGCGGAUGACGUCGCGAAGGAUGCGGACAAGGUCGUCGACAAUGCCCAAGAUGCUGCGGAUGACGUCGCGGAGAAGCUGCCGGGCGGUGAUGUGGCGGAUGACGCGGACGAGGAUGCGGACGAGGUCGUCGACGACGCCCAAGAUGAUGCGGAUGACGUCGCGGAGGAUGCGGACAAGGUCGUCGACAAUGCCCAAGAUGCUGCGGAUGAUGUCGCGGAGAAGCUGCCGGGCGGUGAUGUGGCGGAGGAUGCGGACGAGGUCGUCGACGACGCUCAAGAUGAUGCGGAUGACGUCGCGGAGGAUGCGGACAAGGUCGUCGACAAUGCCCAAGAUGCUGCCGAUGACGUCGCGGAUAAGCUGCCGGGCGGUGAUGUGGCGGAGGAUGCGGACGAGGUCGUCGACGACGCUCAAGAUGAUGCGGAUGACGUCGCGGAGGAUGCGGACAAGGUCGUCGACAAUGCCCAAGAUGCUGCGGAUGACGUCACGGAGAAGCUGCCCAGUGGUGACGCCUAAGGUCAUGAGGAUGACGUCGCAAAGAAGCUGCUGGGUGGUGACGACGUUGAGGCUGCGUCGACGACGACGACGCAGCUGCGUCUCCACCAGCAGCAGUGGUGCAGGUGACGGGUCGUGGCGCAGCCCUUGAACCGGUGAUUGGGAGGGGGGGGCCGGGGAGUAGGUGGUUGGGGGACUGGAGGAGGGAGGCCUGUGCCGCGCGCAUUCGCUUGCGUGGCCACCUGGUAGAUCGAGUCGGACAGCGGCCCUGUUCCGACCCCGCCGCGCUGGAGGCGGUUAUCUGUGCUUCGCGCACCCGCCCAGCGCGGCCACCCGAGAGCUCUUUCUGCUUCUCCUCCUCGUCCUCCUCCUCCUCCUCCUCCUCCUCCUCCUCCUCCUCCUCCUCCCCCUCCUCCCCCUCCUCCGCUUCCGCCUCCUCCGACCCCGCCGGAUCGAUUCGGGCGGCGCGCGCGCGGAGCUGCGACGCGUCCCCCUUCCUCUGGGAUUUAAAGUUUUUCUCCUAGUGUACAUAAAUAUAUAGAUGCCGCUCUUCCGCCUGCUCACCGUUAUCGGGCGGUGUGUUGCGCAAUGCUGUUGAAUCAGGGCCGAUCCGACGCUCGGAGAAGGAAGGCCGAAUCUCGCAACGUGUCUUAUCAAUGACGUGUUUGAUUUUGCAGUUGCUAGGGACAGCGACGCGUGCUGAAGCUGACCGCGGACAACAUACGCAAAC